AUGCGCAGCCCCUGUAUCGCACUUCUGGCUUUGCCAUUUGCGCUAGUCGCAGCCUUGGAACCUUCUCUGGACCUCGAGGUCUCUAACGAUCUCGACGAUGAGACACCCCUGAAGCCGAUUCCUCAACCUGAUAAGAAUCUCAUGGACCUCAAGAACAUUGAGCCAAAGCACGACAUUGCCAUGCUAUGGAAGCAGGAUGAGACUGGUUCUGUCAACGUCGCCAGUCAGAUGUCACUUCCGACAGUCCUACUCGAGGACAUCGGGACCAUCGAGAGUGUCGUCUGCGAUGCCAACUCGAUCAAGGUCAUAUUCAAGGACAACACGGCGAGACCGAGAGAGGGCAUCUACCGCGCCGACGGCGUCACGGCCAAUCAAGAAUCCAAGACGUUUGAGAUUGCGGUGCAAAAGACGGAUUUCAAGGAGACGACCGAGGACACGGAUAUUACAGUUGAUAGUAUCACAAUGCCGGGGCUCUCGAGGCGAGCCGAGUUCUCCAAGAAGUUCGAGACGUCGUACGACAUGGAGCACAGCAAGGAGCUCUUUAACUACAAGAACGUGUCCCUGGUCGCUGAUCAUCUCCACAUAGAGGCGGGCGUAACAUUCUCGGGCAAGAUCAAGAUGAAGUGGUUCUCCGUCACCGAGUGCUGGUUCGACAUGAGCGGCCACGCGGCCCUGGACCUUGGCCUCCAGCUCCAGCUCAUGGCGCAGUUUCAGGAAACCAUUAGCAAGUCAACGAGCCCGCUCACUUUUCCUCUUCUGGCGGUCCCGGGCAUCAUCACGGUCGGUCCGGCCGUCCAGUUUGGCGUCGGCAUGGACAUUGCAGCCAUCGCUGCCCUGACCGCCGAGGCCAAUGUCAAACUCGACUUCCCCAAUGCCCAGUGGCACGUCGACCUCGUCGACGGCGAAAAGUCCAAGUCGGAAGGCUUCACGCCAAACACCGAAGCCAACGUCAAGCUGGGCGGAAGGGCCUCACUCCUCAUGGACCCCUUUAUUGACUUUCGGUUCAUGCUCAACGCGCAGCUCUUUAUGGGCCUGGCCAACAUUAACGGCGGCGUGGGUAUCAAGCCCAAGAUUGCCAACACGGUUACCGUCGACGCCAGCAAGGAGGUCUUUAACACCAACCCAGAGGGCGGCGAGCAGAAACCGGCCGAGGCACCCCCUCAGGAACUCCCAGGAGGCAAGGAGGACGCCAGCGGGAGAGCCGGAAAGUCACUCGGCGGCAAGGGCCCCAACUCCAUCUUCGGGGACGACGACAAGCCGGACAAGGGCAAGAAGAACAAGAACAAGUUUGGCCGGACCGUUGCCGCGAACACGGUCAGAGGCUUGAUCAGCCGCACCACUAAGCCCCGGAAGAGCCAAAAGCAGGCCAAGAAUGACGCCGACAAGCAGGAGCUCCAAGAAGACAACAAGCCGUCCAAGACUCCGGAGCAGAAGGCGGCCGAGAAGAAGGCCAAGGAGCUUCGACAGCAGUCCAACGACGUGGCAAAGAGCUGCUCCAACGGCGUGCACCUCAAGAGCGAGGUCCAGCUCGACAUCUACGCAUUUAUCCUCCAGUGGGAGAAGUCAAUUUUCCAUAAGAACUUUGACCCCUUCUUCGACCAGUGCUACUCGUUUUAG